AUGGAGCAGCGGGCAGCUGGCCUGGCCCAGGGGGAGAACCGCAGCUCCCGGCUCAGCUUCCUGCAGGAGGUCGCCAACCUGUCCUCCCUGUUCCAGGGCAUCCAGCUCAUCCAGGAGUUCAAGCCCCUCAUCAUCCCCUGCUACGCGCUGGUGGUCUUGGUCGGUAUCCUCGGCAACUAUCUGCUCAUCCACGUGAUCUGCAAGACCAAGAAGAUGCACAACACCACCAACUUCCUGCUGGGCAACCUGGCUUUCUCAGACAUGCUGAUGUGUGCCACCUGCGUGCCCUUCACCCUGGCCUAUGUCUUUGAACCUCGGGGCUGGAUCUACGGCAGGUUCAUGUGUUACUUUGUCUUCCUCAUGCAGCCAGUCACUGUCUUUGUCUCAGUCUUCACCCUGACUGUGAUCGCCGUGGACCGCUACUACGCCACAGUGCACCCCCUCAGGAAGAGGUUGACCAUCCCCGGCUGUGCCUACCUGCUGGUCACCAUCUGGCUGCUGGCAUGUCUGCUGACAGUCCCGGCCCUGGUGCACACCUACUACGUGGAGUUCUACCACCAGGACCUGACCAUCUGCGAGGAGUUCUGGGUGAGCAUGGAGAAACCCAGGCUGUUCUAUGCCUACAGCACCCUGCUGGCCACCUAUGUGCUGCCCUUCUUGGUCAUCUCGCUGUCCUACCUCCGCAUCUCCGUCAAGCUAAAGAACCGCGUGGUGCCCGGCAACAUCACCCAGUCCCAGGCCGAGUGGGACCGGGCCAGGCGCAGGCGGACCUUCCGCCUCCUGGUGCUGGUGGUGGCCGUCUUCGGUCUCUGUUGGCUCCCCCUGCACCUCUUCAACAUGAUCAAGGAAAUUGACUUUGACCUGAUCGACAAGCAGUACUUCAACCUCAUCCAGCUGCUGUGCCACUGGCUGGCCAUGAGCUCGGCCUGCUACAACGCCUUCAUCUACGCCUGGCUCCACCACAGCUUCAGGGGCGAGCUCAAGAAGAUGUUCACCUGGCGGACCCAGAAGGUGGCUCCCACUGCUCACUGUGUGAUGGCCAGUGUGGUCCUGUAA